AUGCAAUUGUCUUUAAAAAAAGAGAAACAAAAUGUUUUGAAUGAAACACAAAGUCUUGUGAAACUUCGGUCAGAGUUUGUGAUUCAGUACUACUAUUCAUGGAUUGAAUGCAAUUGUCUUUACUUUCAAAUGGAGUUAUGUUUAGAUAAUCUCAAAAAUCUGUUGGAAACUAAAAAACCAAAUAAUGAAUUGAUGACUGGUUUUAAUUAUUAUAUAUCGUAUGAAAUAUUUCGUGAACUCACAGAAUGUGUGAAAUAUUUGCACGAAAAUCAUAUCAUUCACAGAGACCUCAAACCGGAUAAUGUGUUGAUUUCAAUGGAUUAUAGGAUAAAGUUAUGUGACUUUGGUUUGGCUAAAGAGGUCGUGAAUAUUGAUUCAUAUAAUAUGUCUAAAGCCAAACAUACGGCAGAUGUCGGUGACCCAGGCAUAUAUCAGGCACCUGAAGCUCUAACCAAGGAUUAUAACCAUUUGAUUGAUAUCUACAGUCUAUCCCUAAUCGGGGCUCAAUUAUUUGAUUUCGAUAAAUACGAUAUAAUUGAUGGAAAUGUCAAUGGCUGUCAAUCAAUAUUCACGAAACGGUUCAACAGAUUGGAGACAACGACCCGAAUGUUCGCACAUUUUAUCGCAAUUGCAGACAAUUAUCACAAAUAA